AGCAGCAGAAGAAGAAGAAGAAGAAGAAUAAGAGGCGCCGUAUUUUUCGUAUUAAACAGCAGCGACAUUGUUAAAUAACUAUGCGAUAAGAAGGAACUGUCUGCUGUGUUUUCCUGAGCACCAUGACGACUCAGAGAGUGCUGCCUCAAAGCAAAGAGACUCUGCUGCAGAACUACAACAAGAGGCUCAAAGAUGACAUCAAGUCCAUUCUGGACAACUUCACAGAAAUCAUCAAAACAGCCAAGAUAGAGGAUGAGACGCAGGUGUCUCGCGCGACCCAAGCAGAGCAGGACCACUAUGAGAUGCACGUCAGAGCAGCCAACAUUGUGCGUGCCGGCGAGUCCCUCAUGAAACUGGUGUCCGAUCUGAAGCAGUUCCUGAUUCUGAAUGACUUUCCUUCCGUGAACGAAGCCAUUAACCUCCAGAACCAGCAGCUCCGCUCACUACAGGAGGAGUGUGACAAAAAGCUCACGUCGCUGCGUGAUGAGAUUGCCGUCGACCUGUAUGAGCUAGAGGAAGAGUAUUACUCCUCCAGGUACAAGUAGGCUCAUACUUGCCCCCAUCCCACCGCCCCGCUGUUGUCCCACCAUGUGCUGUCCACCUUCUACCAUUUACUGCUGAGCUCAAGGAACCAUUUAGUUCAGACACUUGGCAACCUUUGUCGUGAUUUCCAAAUAGAGCCAUUCAUUGACGCAAAUAAUUGCUGAGGGUCAUUGUGAUCUGUCUCAUCUCACUCGGUGCCUUUACAUUGUUACUCAUUAGCAGGUGCCUUGACUUUUAUUCUGCUCUAUGACGUGACAUAAUUGGUCAAUGGAGAGAGGGCUUCAGUCUUAAAGGGGCUUACCACUAAAUGUCAGCUGUGUCAGUGUAUUCAGCCCUUCAACUGAGAGAAGUCAUUUCAGUUUUACUGUUGCACUUUGAAAGCCAGAAGGUUUUUCCAGUAUCAAGGAUGAAUUUCAUUAUCCUGAACCAAAACAUUUGUGUAGAUUUACUGCAGGUUCAUUUCUAAAUGGUGGUCAGACCUUUAGCUUUGUGGUCUGCAGCAUCUAAUGGACGUAAGCGAUGCUUUAACAAAUAUCAUCAGGUACUUGAGAGAGAUUCAUGAUUUAGAGGAGUAUAAGUAUUGAGGCUUCCUAGUCUUUUUGUAUCCAAAAUAUUUUAAAUGGAAGUAAUGAAAAGAGGUCGUUAAAAUCCAUGAAUUUAAAGCAUUUGAUGCAAACACAAAGAUUUGUGGGAAAAGAGAGCACACAUUUUUUAAAAAUGACCAUUUAAAAACAAAACUAUAUUAGAAUAUACAUUUUUUUAAAAAGCAAACAGUCAUUUAAGAUUAUUUAUGUGUAGUAUUUAAAUCAUGAAUAUAAUGGUGAUGGCCUCAGUGCUACAUUUUAAUAAUGGACUGUACAAUUUGACACAACUGCGUGCUUUUAUUUAUUUGAGGUAAAGUUUAAAUCAACUAACAGUUGUUUGAGUAGAUGUUUUCUUUUAAAGCAAUUAAGAGAUUAUAUUUUGUUUAUUCCGUCCGUAAAAGCACAAACUGUCAGCGGUGUCAGUUGCACUUGGUGCAGUUGUACAUGUGUACCAAUUUGUGCCAGUUCUUUUAACAGACUCAGAAUGAUUGAGAAAUAAAGUAGAGACAAAACGUUG